UUACUUCAAGUUCAGCUUGCUCUGUAAGUCUGCUAUACAGGAGAUUAAACCCAGAAAAUUACAGUGCCAAACUAGGAGACACCCCUUAGGAUUACCAUCAAAUUACUACAUCAGAGCAAUAAUGGGUUUUAUUGUUUUACUCCUUCUGAUCCCAGUGGCAGUCUGCUCCCCAGUGUUUCUCCCAGUUGACUGCACUGACUUGUACAACAGAGGUUUCGGUCAAAGUGGGGUUUACACCAUCUACCCAGGAGGACCAGUCUCCCCAGUCCAGGUCUACUGUGACAUGGGCUGUCAGGAUGAACCUGAUAGUGGUAAAUGGACGGUCGUCCAAAGAAGAAAGGACGGCACCGUUAACUUUUACCGUGGAUGGGAUCAGUACAGAACUGGAUUUGGACAAGCAUCUGGAGAAUACUGGUUGGGUCUGGAGAACAUUCACCUCCUCACUCUGAGGAAGAGCUAUCAACUGAGGGUAGAAAUGGAAGACUUUGAAGGGGGAAAGACCUUUGUCCAUUAUUCCACCUUCUCUGUGGGUCCAGAGCUGGAGGGCUACAAACUUAGUCUUAGUGGCUUCACAGACGGAGGAGGCGGGGCUUCACUAAGUGCACAUAAUGGUCUCAAGUUUUCUACAUUUGACAAAGACCAGGAUACUCAUUCUAAAAACUGUGCCAUGCUAUACCUGGGAGGAUGGUGGUAUGGAGAAUGUCACGCUGUUAAUGCCAAUGGUCUUUACUCAUGGGGCAGCUCAACCUUUGGGAUUGGAAUCAAUUGGGAGUCUUGGAAAGGAUAUGAAUAUUCUCUGAAAGCCAUUACAAUGAAGAUAAGAGCCAGUGACAGUAAUGUUAGUAAUUAAAUAUUUACUCUUUUCUU